CGAGGGGGGACUUGUUGUCAAAACAUCCAUUUCACUCCCAUCAAGACAAGCCCACCAUCAUGAGCUCCUCCGUCUUCCGCCGUCGACCUCGCGACGACUCCAGAGUUUCGUCCCCGUCCCGGUCCUCUCCCGCAGCUCCGGAGUCCCGCGGGAGGCUCCCGGGGCCGUCCGUCUCCCCCGAGAGGAGGGACCUGGACUCGCGGCUGCGGGAGAAGGAGCAGCUGGCGGUCCUCAACGACCGCUUCGCAGGCUACAUCGAGAAGGUCCGACUCCUGGAGCUGCAGAACCGGGCGCUGCUGGCCGAGUCGGAAGGGCCGCGGGGGCGAAGGAGCCGCCCGUCCCGCCUGCGGGCGGUUUACGAGGGGGCGGCGCGCACUUUGAGGGCCGAGAUGGAGACGGAGAGCUGGGAGAAGAUGCAGAUGGAGGCGGCGAGGGAGCGCCUGAAGGAGGUUCACGAGAGGGCGAGCGAACGUUGCAAGGAGGAGGUGCGGCGGCGGGAGGAGGCCCGGGAGGCCCUGCUGCAGGCCCGGGAGGAGGCGGCACGGGCGGCGCUCUCCUACCUCGACGCCCGUGCCGCCGUGGACUCCCUUAGCGACGAGAUCGUCUUCCUCAACAAGGUCUUCGCCGAGGAGACCGCGGAGCUGCGGGCCCACCUGGAGGCGGCCGACGUCAGCGUCGGGGCGGCGGCGGAGCGGCCCCCCCGACCGGGGGCGGCGGCGCGGGACGUCCGGGCGCAGUACGAGCGGCUGGCCGGCGAGAACGCGCGAGCCGCGGAGGCCCGGUUCAGGAGCGAGUGCGCCGUGGCGGAGGACGCGGCCAGCAGGGACCGUCGGGCCGCGCUCGCCGUCCGGGAGGAGACCGCGGAGUACCGUAGGAUGCUCCGGGCCCGAUCCGCCGACAUCGAGGCUCUCCGGAACGUCGUCCGGGCGCUCGACGAGGAGCUGGGAGAGCUGGAGGAGACGCAGGCCGGAGAGGUGGACAAGUACCAGACGAGGAUCGACCAGCUGCAGCGAGACACCGACGACGCCAAGCGGGAGAUGGCGCUCUACAUGAGGGAGUACCGAGACCUUCUCAAUGUCAAGCUGGCGCUGGACAUCGAAAUAGCCGCGUACAGGAAACUUCUGGAAGGCGAAGAGCUGCGGCUGUCGUAUCCCUCCCUUGCAGCCGCACGCUAA